AUGUCGAAUAUCGUUGGCAUUGAAUACAAUCGUGUGACAAACACCACGUCAACCGAUUUCCCAGGUUUCCAGAAAGACGAGGGUGCGGUGUGGGACGUGGAAAAUUUCAAAAACUCGUUUGACGUGAAAAUCAACUCCAUGGAUGAGCGUGAAGCUUGCUUCGACCUCGUGCACAUCGACACUUCGGUUGCUAACGCCUUUCGCCGUAUUAUGAUCUCUGAAGUGCCAUCAGUCGCCCCAGAAUACGUUUAUUUUUUCAACAACACAUCAGUGAUUCAAGACGAAGUGCUGGCGCACAGAAUUGGACUCACACCGCUUAAGGUAGAUCCCGAUAUGCUAUCAUGGGUCGACACCAAUCUUCCGGAAGCGGAGAAAUUCACAGAUGAAAACACCAUUGUUUUGACUUUGAAUGUGAAAUGUACGAGAAACCCAGAUGCGCCAAAGGAUUGCACCGAUCCCAAGGUUCUCUACCGCAACGCCCAUAUUUACGCUCGUGAUUUGAAAUUCGAACCCCAGGGUAAACAGCUCACCACUUUUGCUAAAAACCCAGUGGUUCCUGCUGAUCCAGACAUUUUGCUCGCUAAGCUAAGGCCUGGCCAAGAAAUCUCGUUGCGUGCCCACUGCGUGUUGGGUAUCGGCAGUGACCACGCCAAAUUUUCUCCGGUCUCUACGGCCUCUUAUAGACUCAUGCCCCACAUUAACAUUACACAGCCAAUUUCUGGAGAAUCGGCCAAAAAAUUCGCCAACUGUUUUUCUCCUGGCGUCAUCGGCAUUAACGACGCUGGGGAAGCCUUUGUGGCAGACGCAAGACACGAUACUGUUUCAAGAGAAGUUUUGAGACACGAAGAAUUCGAAGACAAAGUCAAGCUCGGAAGAGUGAGGGACCACUUCAUCUUCAAUGUCGAGAGCACUGGGGCCAUGACUCCGGAGGAGAUUUUCUUCAAGAGCGUCAGGAUCUUGAAAAACAAAGCUGAAUAUUUGAAAAACUGCCCUAUUUCUCAGUAG